AUGGAGUGUGUCGCGGCUUCCCAGUUUGCACUACCGAAACGAAGGGACAUAAUCGAAAGCCACUGCGAGAUCAUCCAUCUCGCCGCAGGCACUGGCCCAAUCGGCCGUGCUUACGUGCCCCGUAGGAGCGGCUCCCGAAGCUGUGCCACUGAUGGUCUUGGCGAGGCUCGACACGACGAGUCGUUCCAAGUUGGCCGGUACUAUUGUGCUUCGGGUGGCUCCGCGGAGUGUGCUUUCUCAUUAAACACCACAGCACAAAUUCCGAAGGUUUCACCAGGUGACCAUGUUGCCCCGCCGCCAAUUAUGAGCCAAAGCGACGGUCACUGUGGGAAAACCACAGUCUCGCGAGCGAUACAACGGAAACCUAUCGACAACAGCUAUAACCCGACCCUUUUUUUUGGAGCCUGCUACUACCCGAGCCCGAAUCACUUCAAGAUUACCACAUGGUAG